GAUGUUAAAGUAUGGGAAGAUCUGCAGCCCAAACACAAGAUCGCUAAGAAGCCUUGAAAUGUACUUAAUUCCAUCACCGGGUAGUGUUGCCCAAAUGGAUGCUGGAAAAGCUUGGAUCAAAAAGCGCUAGUAUCUCUUCAGGAUUCGGAAUGAACGAGCGUGCUGUUUUCGAUAAUUCGUAUCGUAACUGCAAAGAGCUGAAGCCAAAGGAUUUUAUGCUGUCCAACAACUAUCACGAGCUUAUUCCAGGAUUCGUGGCUGAGGUUGCCAACAUCUUGGAGUCGUCAAAACCGAUUUAUGCGUCACUCAACAAGAUAUGUGUGUAUGAGACCCAUGGGUUCUUCAAGGAGCAUGUUGACACUCCUCGGUCCAACAUCUUUGCAUCUCUUGUUGUAUGCUUGCCUACUGGCUAUGAAGGAGGCAUGCUUGUUGUGGAGAACAGCGCCUAUGAUCUAUCAUCUACGACGGCGGUCAAGUGGUGUGCAUUCUAUCCGGACUGUAAGCACAGGAUUGAUGAAGUCACCAAAGGCUUCCGAGUGACAUUGACUUAUGACUUGUUGUACCUCGAUCUCCCUGAGCCGGCUCCAUACCAUGAUCAGCUGUAUACAACUCUCGAAAAAGCAAUGCUUAAGCUCCACGCAAGGCAUCCAGGACAUGUCAUUGGAAUAGGUCUAGCCAACAAAUAUCCAACACCUAGCCAACAAAACUCAGGCCAUAAGGUCAAGCCAAUUCUGAAGGGACGGGAUCUUAAAGUUGUAACGAUCCUACAUAGCUUUGGGUACACUACAGACAUCAAGGCUGUGUUUAAAGUUAAUGCACGCAAUAUAUCAAACUAUGAUGGUGUGGAAAGUGAUGCGUUUCCAGAAGACAUAUAUCAAGUGAGCGAGUUGACAGAAGAAGAGCAGGAGAAUGGAGAGGAAAUUCAUGUAUUAUCAGAUGUUUGGGAUGGUUGGAUUCGAAAGUUUAGUGAGGAAUACGAGUGUGCAAUUGACAAGCUCUACAAAUAUAGCGGAAGAUGUAUCGGGAACCUAGUUUGGUUAUCCAAGCCAAAACUGUGGCAUGCAGGGCCGCCAUAUAUUGCAUAUGGCAAUGAAGCAAGCUUGGGAUUUGUGUACAGGGAUGGAUGUAUUCUUGCUUACAAGCAAGAUGAGACGAGUGGCCUUAGUUCCUAGGUAUCUGAUAUAACCGAGACUUGUCC